CGUCAGUCGGCCUCGAUGACGGAAUGUGUGAAAAUUUUAAGAUGGUGAUCAACUGUAUUUUUCGUUUAUUAAUAAAGAAAAUCAAGUCUGAAGCAUUGUGAUUAUGUCGAAACGAUGAAAAUGUGUUUAAAACAGUGACUGCGAUUGAAAAAUUAAGAUCGAAUUGGUGUAACGGACCAAGAGUGCAGUACGUGUUAAGUGCAAUCGCUGACAUUGUUUCGUUAAAAAUUGUUGAGCCCAUCGCGAUUGUUAUGUUUAGUAUUCUAUUGUGUGCUUUUAUAACGCCUUGUAAAUGGUAUAAGAGAUUCUGAUGUUUCCUAAGUCAUGGAGCGGCAGGAGAGAUCACAUGCCAACAUGGAGGCCACUGACUGUGUGGACACAAAACAGUCGAAGCAACGGGCGUCAAUUAAAUGGCUGCUAACGAAGGCGUUCAACAACAGGGUUCCGGAUAACCUCCAGGAGCCCUUUUAUAGAGAUCAUGAGGACCAAGAACACCUAAAGCCGCCUAUAGUGGGAGGUUUGGCAAAUGCUGAGCUUUACUGCUUAGCGCUUGCCAACAUGUACUCCGACCCCAACUACCACAGUCUGAACCACUGGAACAUACUCCAGACCUUCGCGAGGAAGGGCGUGCACGUUCCCGACCCGCCUGACUGCGCGCUCACUGAAACAGUGCUCAUACAAACCAAUCCUCUCAAAAUGAGCGGUCACAUGGCUGUGAUAGAAGCACUGAUGGUGCUAUACGCGCGCGAGGUGGUGACGCCGGACCGAGUGGCGGCGGCGGCGCAGCGCUUCGGCGCGGCCGCUCCGCCCCUCGGCAACACGGGCACGACGCAUGAAGACGGCCUGCUGUGCUGGAUCAACGCUGCUUGCGCCGCGCUUAAUAAGGCCGAGGAGGACACAUCAUCGCACGUACCGAUGUUGAAGAGUCUCCAAGAAAUCUGCGACGGCACUGCGCUCGCGGCGUUGAUCUCAUUCUACUGUCCCGACGCGCUGCCCCGCACCGCCGUGCGGGUGGGCCGCAUGGCCUCCAUACAAGACUGCCUGCACAACCUCAUGCUGGUCCACGACUUCUGUCGGACGGCGCUGCCUCACAACGUCUUCCAUAUGAUGCCUGAAGACGUCACUUAUAUGAGAGGGUCAAUGCGUCAAAAUUUAGUAGCAAUGCUCGCCGAUCUCUUCAAUAUGCUAGAAGUUCAUCCUGUUAAAUCUGUUAAAUACCCCGGAAGCGCGGGCGGGGGCGGCAACGCGCACGGCGUGCGGCACCGGCGCUGCCUGCCGCCGCCCGCGCCCGCGCCCAUCCCGCAGCUGCGCGCCGGCCACGACGACGCCACGCUGCCGCCCUUCGCAGUACCGCGUUCCCCGUCGUCGCUGAGUGGGCGCGGUCGGGCGGUGCGGUCGGCCAGCUCCACGCCCGAGCGCCGCUCCGCCAGCCCCGCGCGGGACGACUUCGUGGUGCAUCGACAGAAGCACGUCGCCACACUAGCCGCCAUGGUGCACAGGGAUGAGGAUAAUGCGAUAGAAAUAAACAUGACAGCGGCGGGUCGUCCGUCGAACUGGGCGGAGUCGCGCGACGCGUCGUUCGCGGGGCGUCGGUCGCGUCGCUCGUCCAUCACGGACGACUCGCAGCUCACGGUGGAGAACUUCGGCGGCAGCCAGGACCGGCUGCACUUCGCUGGACGAAACCCUGAGAAGGAGUUGGCCACCGUCGCUAAUGUUAGGAAGAUUUCCGCGCCUAGUGGUCCACUGGACUACAACCCGCCUCUCCGUUCCUCCCGCCAAGACAUCCGAGGCUCAAUACAGUUCUUCCACGGCGACUACCAAAACGGCUCCCAAACGGAGGACCGACAAAAAGUCGAACGACAAAACUCACAGCCACAGAACACAGAUAACGAACCUUAUUUCCCAAUUCGACGGCAGUUGAGCAGUGAUACUAUUACUUUAAGAGAAAGACAGGAGAGCUUCGGCUUUCAGUGCAAAGGGGGAGGAGACGGCGGGUUCUUCCUCAACGACCGAGACUCCACAGAUGGUGACGUCACCAAAACUAGCUUCGCAGACCUCAACAAAAUCAGGAGUAACGGUGACCAGACAGGUCAGUCGGAGCCGGAGCGGCGCAAGAGCACGUCGUUCGCGACGCCGCCCGCCAACACCACCACGUGGCAACAACAGUUCAUGCAGCAAGAAAGUCAUCCCAACGGCGAGGACAUAACCGACGAAACAUCGACGCAAAGCGGGGGCCAAAUGGCUGCUCAACUGAACAAUAUACGACUCAAGCUGGAAGAGAAGCGCCGACGCAUAGAGCAAGAGAAACGACGCAUGGAAAUGGCCGUCAAUAGGCAGAGACAACAGUUAGGACAACAGGCCUUCUUACAGGCUGUUACUAGGGGCAAGGGCGCGCGGACGCCGCCGCACGACGCCGCCAAGCCCGACGUGUCGACCACGCAGGAAAUGGUGGUGGAGCCACCAAGUCAGCGGGAUUCAGUGGACACAGCCGUCUUAGAACAGUACCAGCAAUCUAUUGCCAAAAUGAACUCCAGCCUGCAGGACAUACAGAGCGACAUCGCGCGGCUCGCCAGCCAACAAACACAGCUGCAGCAACAACAACAACAGCAGCAUCACCAACAACAACAACAGCAGCAGGCUAAACAAAUGUUCCAACAACCCCAGCUACAGCAACAGUUGCAACAACAACUUCAACAGCUACAACAGCCGAUGCAACAACAGAUGCAGCCCCAACAACAACCGCAGUCGCCUUACCAACAACAACAACAGUAUCAACCAAACAUUCCACAAUUGCACAGCCAAUUCAGCUCACAGCACAAUGUGUCCCGGCCCGGGCUCGCCAGCUUCGGCUCCACGCCGCACAUUCCGCGCGAAUUCCAACACCAACAACUGCAGCAGCAGCAACAACAACAGUUUUACAACUACGACCAACAACAACAACAGCAACAGCCGCAGUAUCAAUACAAUCAGUAUAGGGAUAUUGAGGAGUAUGGGAGGCAACAGUUUUAUCUUCACGAUGCUGCGCCACCGCCGCGCCGCACGUGGGCGCAGCAUGCGCAACAACAGCAGCAGCAGCAUCAACAACAACACGACAAUGAGUUGCGGGGGUGGCAGCUGCAUCAACAGCAUCAACAAAAUCACCAACAGCACCAACAGUUCGGUCCUUCAACGCCGGAGCCCGCGCAACGGACGUGGAAGUCCCCAUCACCACAGCCGCCGCCCGAACGGAACUGGCAACCUCAAGGUUUCGUACUGCACGACCGGACCAACACACAACCGCAGCCCUUCCAGGUGCAUUACAACAACGACCGGUACCAGAACGGUACUGAGAACAUUCGAGAACCGCAAAACCAUUUAAGCUACACUGUGAUAAAUUCAAACCAGUACGUGUCUCAGUCGCCGCCGCUGGCUGCCAGCCCGCAGCGCCGCGCUAAGACUCCGCAGAGGCAGGGCUCCUUACCCGAGGUCGCACGGAGACCCGAACCUGUCAGCUUGCAGCAGCUGCAGGCACCUGCGCAUACGCCCUCACAAAACCAGCCACCAGACGAUAUGGAGCCUCAGAACAUCUCAUUCAUCGGCAACGCUGAAGACGACGCUCUACGGCAAGGCAUCAACAGACUGAACAUUUCUUCAGGCACGCGGACCUACCGCAUCCCCUCCCCCACUCGGCCCUCCCUCAGCAGGAACUCCUUCCAGCAGCUGGAGCAGGAGGAGGCGGAACACAACGAGAAAGGGUUCUACAUUUCGUUCGAUAACGACCAGCCGAAGCGGCCGAAGCCUCCUUUGCGGGCGAAACGGGGUUCGCCGAAGAAGGAGCGGUCGACUGAGAUUAGUCCGGAACGAUCUCCCGAGAACACGUGGAACGAGCGGCUCGGGCAGCCGCGGGAGGAGGAGUUCGUGGUGCACAGGAGCUCGGCGCUGGAGCAGGCCCGGGCUGGGGACGUUUCCGAGCGAAGAGAAACGCCUCCGCGAGACCGGCCGCAGCGCCCCAGCAACGCGGAACCCGCCGCCUUGCUUAUCGGCGAGUUGAAUCCUGACCCGAACUCAGCCGAAGAAAUGGAACGCAAAAAGGAGCGGAUAAUGCUCCUCUCCCUGCAGCGACGGCAGCGGGCGGACGAGGCGCGGGCGCGGGCGGACGCCGCCGCCGCCGCGCGGAAGGCGCGCGAGGAGGCGGCGCAGGAGCUGAAGGCGGCGCGGAAGGAGGAGCAGGCGCGGCGGAGAGAGAUCAUACUCCACCAGUAUAAGCUUAAGAAGGCCAUUGAGGAGGCUGAGAGAGAGGGCAAACAUCUAGACAAAACGGAGUUCCUGGAGAACCUAAACCGCGGCGGCACCGUCACCCCCGCGCCCACCCCCACCGCCGCCGCCCGCCUGCGCAGCAAGCCCGCGCAGCCCCGGGCCCGGCCCAAGACCAUACACGUGGACAGCACUGCCUUACAUGCUGCCGAGGCCAUGCUGCCCGCGAAACAACCUUCUGUUACUAAUCUUACAGCGGGCGGCACGAUGCGACGUGACUACUACCGCGGCUCGCAGGACUCGCUCGCCGAACGCGCUGGCCUCUACCGAGAGUCUCCAGUAGAAGAGCGUGGCGGUAUGUCUCCGGGCAGCGCGUCGAGCGGGCCGCUCGGGCGGCGCGGCUCGUGCAAGACGUCGCGAGGAAACAUUUCAGAGCGCGUGAAUGAGGAACCACAGUCUUCACGUGGAAGGUCUAAAUAUACCAGUUACCAGAGUAACUUUAAGGCGGGACGGAAGUCAAGCUCUCUUAUGAAUUUGUGCGACUCGGGGCUGGGCCGCGCCACGCCGCCGCGCCGCGCCGCGUCGCCGGGGCUGCGGGCGCCGGGCUCGGCGGCGUCGGGGCCCGGCUCGCUGCCCGGCGCCAUCGGCAAGCGCCGCGCCGCGCACGACGACGCCUCCGACGUCUCCUCCACGCACUCCUCCAUCAUGGACUACUCAGGUCCCCGCCUAUAUAAGCAGCCGACGACGAAAUCCAAUCGUGGCAUAAUGCUGAAUGCCGUGGAAUACUGCGUAUUCCCGGGCGCCGUGAACGCGGAGGCCAAGCGUCGCGUGCUGGAAGAGAUCGCGCGCUCCGAGAGCAAGCACUUCCUCGUGCUGUUCCGCGACGCCGGCUGCCAGUUCCGCGCGUUAUACUCGUACUGUCCCGACUCCGAACAAGUCGCCAAGCUGUACGGGACUGGACCUAAGCACGUUAAUGAUAGGAUGUUCGACAAGUUCUUUAAAUACAACUCGGGCAGUAAAUGCUUCUCGCAAGUGCACACGAAGCACCUGACGGUGACGAUCGACGCGUUCACGAUACACAACUCGCUGUGGCAGGGCAAGAAGGUGCAGCUGCCCAGCAAGAAGGACAUGGCUCUCGUCAUAUAGACGUCGCACGUUCAACAACCAUUAUCUAGUCGCCAAGGCACUCGAGUCAAGCCUUUUUACUCUUCAGUUAAACGCUAUGUAGGGCAAUAGUGCCAGUGUCCAAUAUUUUAAAAAAGUCGGUUAGUGCGUUUUCCUCGGCGGAAGCUGUUUUAUUGAACAUGAAAAUUAUGUUAAUUUUUGCUUGUGUAAAGGUGUGUUGUCGACCGAUGUGUUCUGUAGCGGCCGCCCUCGCCGUAAGCUGUAAUCAGUCUCGAGUCAUAGUAAUCAAUUGUAGGUAAUGCGAGGGCGGCCGGGCCGCGGUGCCUGUGUCAUAUUGUACAGUUAGAGGGAAGUCGGCUCGAAUCGAGUUUGUUUUGUUAACUGGUUCAAGCCGGUACGUGUCGAGCGUCGCGUGUUUGUGUUGUGUUUGGUUCCGCGCCGAGCUUGUGUCCGCUGCGUUACUUCCAAUGUGUUACUCAGUGUAUAAUCGCAAUGUUUGCCAUAUGUAUUAGUGAGAUGGUCGAUACGUUCCAAAUUUAUUAAAUUGUCUCAAAAAUAGAACAGCCUGAAUGUCUGACGGUCGAUAAUUUAGAUACAUUAAUUUUGUUUUAGUAGAACUGUCUCCUCACACAUAAGUAACAAGUUCACAAACUAAUAAUAUCGCUUAUUCGUUAUAAUAUUUAACUCGUUAGUGAUUACGUUCAAGUUGACUGGAGCUAAGAUUUGUUUAACUGACCCCAUUCAAUGUUAAUUCAAUUCCCAUUUUUUUACUGCUUGUAUAGCUAAAAGUAAGACAAGGCACAUUUUACGUGGUAAUUGUACUGCCUUAUCCUGUAAAUAAUUGUUUUUUUGUAUACAGCUAUUUAUUAAACGAAUGUUAAAGGAGAAUUGAUGAAUAUCAUUUUUCAUUGUUUAAUGAUUGGUCAUCAAUAAUAUACUACCGAUAGUAUAUGGUAUGCAAAUAUAUUGUAUUACUUAAAACCAUAACGAAAUAAUAUUGAAUUUCAUAUUAA